AUGAGAAGAACUCCUCCAUUGACCUAUGGCAACACUGCUGUCAACUCUCGCUCCAACGCAACAGCUCCAAUGAAUAUUCACAAUACUCGUUAUUCUCCAACCAAGAUUCAAAAACCAAAGAAAACGAGCCCAAGCAAAUUCCUCUCUCCCAAAACACUGAUGAAUAGUGCUCGUUUGGCAGCUGCAACUUCUCAUCAGGUUCCUGUCAAACAAUGUCUCUAUUAUGGAAGAGGAGGUUCGAACCAGCAACAACCACAAGUCAAGAUCUUGACAGACCCACAGCAACAACCACAGGUCUUUACAACUGCUUUGAAUCAGCAAUUUUCAUCCGUUUCCUCUCAACAAACCAAAUAUGGUCAUCAAAGUUUCCCAAUGGUCGUUUCUGCAACGAACAAAAAUUUAUCGUCCUACAAUGCAACCACUCAGCGAUCAGCUCAAAUAAGUUCGAACAUAAUUGGUACGACACAAAACAAGCAAUUGCAACAACCAAACAACCUAAUAUUGACUCAAAAACAAGAAACAAAUUGCUCGACAGCUUCUUCCCAUCAUAGACAUUAUCAUCACCACUUUUCGAACGAUCAACAAGCGUUGUCCUUUCAAAACUCUCUCAAUUACAGGAUUCUGAAUCCUCAACCUGUUGCUCCUUCUUCAGAGAUCUAUAACAACUUGACAUCUGCCACCAUGGGUCAAAGUCAUUCUGCCAACAACAACAACUCUUCGGGUUGUAGCGUGACACUCACUCAGCCUGUUUCGAAUCCUCAUAGCAGACAAGCCACCAUGGUCACCAUGAAGAGCAGCAGCACAAGCUCCUUACCCAUUCCCACUUCUUCAAUUACUCCAUUGUCAGGUGAAGUCUAUUCGAACAAUACGAGUGUCAACUCGUCUCUUGCUUCUAUUACAACCUCAAGCACUUCCAUCAGUGCCAUUUCGACUCGAAGUAGUGUCUCAAGUAAUGUGAGCUCUCUCAGUAUUGGAAGUGACAUUUCAGAUUCUCUCAAAUACAGCCAUGAUCCACGUGGAACCACAACAACAAGUACAAGAUUCACCUGGAACAAUCUUCCAACCACUUCAUCGUUUACAAACACUAAUGUUCCCUCAAACACCAACCAACAAGGACAUGGACUCGAUAAAAAGACAGAGCCCUUCUCAGAGAGAAAGUCAACCCGAUCGAUCGAACCUUCCAUUAAGGAAGAUGAGAUUUCUUCACAGCAACAGUCCUCCUCCAUUCAUAACAAACAAUUGGGCCUAACAUGGUCUCCUACCAAACUCCAACGAGCUCAAGAACGAACCAAGAGACAAAUCCUAAGUGUCUUGUUGUCACCUUCGAGUUCUGAUUCUGACGAAGAAGAGGAAGAGAUCUUUGCCAAGAUUCAACAACGCUAUAAUGAGGCAACUCUCAGAAUUAACUCAAUCAUUAACUCGACACUACCUGGUGUGACCAACCCAACGACAACAACGACAACAUCCACAUCGACUAACAUCACCAAUGUACAUAAUAAUAAUCAAACAACAACCAUCAGUGCUAACCCAUCGCAACAAAAGCCCCAACCUAAGGCAGCUCCUCAACUCUCCUCAAGUGCUGACAGUAAUGGAAGUAGUAACUCACGAUCACGACCUCUCACAUUCAAGACUCAAAAUUUGACAAGUUCCCUACAACAAGAAAAGGAUCGUAUUGAGGGUUUGUAUUUACCUCCAAUUGUCUUCCCACCAAAGAAUGUCAACAACAACUUUGAGAUUCAUGAAGACAACAAGAUGAUCUCCCUGAUGCUUCAACAAGACAAGACCUCAUGCAAUAGUUCUUUCGAGAGUGGUUGUAGUAGCAUGGAGUAUUCCACUCCUAACUCUUCCAGUGAGACUUGUCAAGGAAACCAAGCACUCUCUCACAGAUAUCCUCAAACCAAUAAUCGAUACAGUGGUGUUGUGAGUAGUGUGCUUGAUACUUUGUUUGAGAAUUGUGAAGAACGAACGGUCAUGUUCGAUGACGACGAAGACGAUGAAGAUCUCCUUAGUAUCGGUCACUCACCCAUGUUUUCGAGUCCAAGUUCUUUAGGAAUGGAAGAUUGCAGCCUGUCGUCGUAUGACGGCGAAGAGAGUCCAGCACUUUCUCCAGAAAGCAUUCGACAAGAGGCUCUCAAGAUGGAACGAGAUCUCUUCUUCGAUCGAGUUCCUCCUGAAGCUCGACUCAAGAUUGACGACUUCUCAGUGGAGGUCAGAAGCUUUGGAUCGACCUCUUCUCGACACAUUCCAACCAUCACAUUGGUGGCUCAUUGCUUGAACCAAAUUUUCUUGAAUGGAAGCAAAGCCACUUCACUCUUCCUUGAACGAAUGAUGAGCAUUGUGUGUGAUCGUGCUGAGAUUGAUCAUCGAUGUCUCUUAUCUGCCUUGUUCUUUAUGGUCAAGCUUCAAAAUCCAUCCUUUAUUCAGAAUGAAAACAACAUGUCACUCUUCAGUUGUGAUCCUACUUCCUCAAAGAAUCAGGUGGCCAGUAUUUCCACCAAGAAUUUCAUGUUUGUCUUUCAUGUCUGUCUCAUGAUUUCCUCAAAGAUUAAUGAGGACAAUUAUUACAACAACAAGACCUUCUUCAAGUACAUGGCUCCCAAUGAAUUUAGAUUAAUGUUCCAUUCGUUCAAUAUGGACAUGGCAUUUGAUUACAUGCCAGACAUGAGACGUGUCAUGGUCAAGGAAGAUGGAAGUGUUCCAAUCUUUCCAGUGUUGAGCUGUAGUGAGAGAUUCCACAGCCAAACGCUUGCCAAUGAACAUCAAAAGAAACUCUUCCAACAAUUUAACAAGACUGAAGUGAACAUUACACGAAUGUUGAAUUAUGAUGUUUGUGUGAAGGAACAAGAAUUGUACAACUUUUUACACAAGCUUGAACGAGUGAAUGAAAGCUUGUUGUCAUGUUAA